AUGACUUAUCCUAAUGGAAUCACCGGCGACUUGAAGAUAGAACGAAUAACUCCCGGCGACAACGAGACAUACCCCAAGGUUGGUGACACUGUGGUGAUCCACUACACAGGCACCUUGAACAAUGGAGCCAAGUUUGAUUCCUCCAGAGAUCGCGACGAGCCUUUUCAAACACAAAUUGGUGUUGGCAGAGUUAUCAAGGGCUGGGACAUUGGUGUCUUGCAGUUGAGUGUUGGUGAGCGAGCCCGGUUGAUCAUUCCCUACAACUUGGGAUAUGGCUACAGAGGCUUUCCACCUGUGAUCCCUCCUAAGGCCACUCUCAUCUUUGAUGUCGAACUACUAGAAAUUCUAUAG